CAUAAGGUCAACGCAAGCCAGAUUGAUCAGCUUAAGAGUCAAUGGACUAAGAAGUAGACCUCAAGCCACUCUUCUCCAUCAGUCGCGAUUAGCAAUGAAGUUCGUAACAAUCGGCACCUUUUUGCUUCUGGCCUUUGGAGCUGGAGUGAGCGUGGCCCAAAGCUUUUCCGAUUGUACCAAUGCUGUUGAAGCCGUACUGACCACUUUCACCACGGACGAAGUCGAGGCCUCCGUUGAAGCACUUCUCAAGACAAAACUCUGUGGAGAAGGAAACCCAUUCCCAAACCUAGAAGAAUGCGAGGAGAGCAUCUCCUUGCGUUGGCCCAAAGUCACUGAACUUUUGGUGGAACAGGCGGACGUCUUUGCCAAUCAGUCUUGCACUCAAGCAAUUCCAAUCAAACUGGAUUGGAACUGCCGGACUUGUCGCUAUCGCAUCCAAGGCCUCCUCAACACCCUCCGAUCCACAGCCUUUUUCGCAUCUUUCCGAGAGUACGCUCUUGGUCCAGCAUAUUGCAAUAGUAGUGAAUCCUCAUCAGAAGAGGUUGAGACUUGCCAGGAGUGGAUUGUAAACUACGUUCCCAAAGCGUUCCUCAUUUUGAGAAUCACUCCGCUUGAGGACAUUUGCAACAACCUUUACGGUUUAUGUCCAGGGGAAAUCGGCUGUCGAGAGGGUAUGGAAAAGAUGAUUGUGCAACUGGGUAAUGACGAAACUAUAGCUCGAACCGAGAUCAUUUUGAAGGAACAGGUCUGCACCCAAUCGUGGGUCCAAGGGGAGGAGGGUUGCAAGAGGGCUGUCGACUUCUAUUGGGAAAGCAUGGCCAAGACCUUGUCUACCAUGAGUCCAAAUUUUAUAUCCGUGUGCAAUAAUUACUACGACUUCUUUGCUGAGCCAUCUCCAGGGGACAAGUGGAAUUGCGGAACUUGUCAGAAGAGGAUGGGAGAAGUCAUGCGCUUCCAUUUGAACUACCAAAUCGAUUGGAUUGUGGCGGCUGUGAGUCAAAUCAAUUACUCGGAUUUGUGCACGGGAUUGUCCAAUGGCGAGGCAGACGAGGUGGUUUGCCAACAAGCUGUGCGCACUUUUAUUCCCCGGGCAUUGCAAGUCUUGAUGGACGACGCUAAUAGCAACCCAGACAAACUUUGUCGGAACAUUUUCGACUUUGACCAAUCCUGUCAAUAUAUUGAGAGUGGGACCACUUCUAUUGAGGUCUCUGUUAUGGUUUUGCUCAUGAGCGGCCUUCUAGGCCUGAAAGCGUAACAAGUUUUCAAUGCUAUUGUAACCUGAAUUUUGAAUCAUCUGGCCAAUAGCAUAUCUACUUUACACAUUUGCCAACUGAUUGUAAUUUUGCAUGAUGAUUUGUUGGUUCAAAACCUAAAGUUGAGCUAAAACUACCACUGACAUUAACUUCUGACCAGAUGUCUGGCAGAAUACAAAAGUAAAUAACAUCAGAGUAAGAAGCGUUUGCUAGUCCCAAUGACAUCUAAAUCGUUGCAAUAAACAAACUGUUGACAUGAG